AUGCCAAAAGCAAUAACAAUCGAGCCCAUAGACGGGAAGCCGGGAAAACCUGGGCAGGUUUACUAUCCCCUCUCUCUAAAGAACGCCCCAGCCCCCUCCCCGGGCCCAAACGACCUCCUCAUAGCCAUCCACUCCGCCGCCCUCAACCACCGCGACCUCUUCCUGCGCCAGCACCUCUACCCCUCCCCGUCCUUCACGGUCCCCCUCCUCGCAGACGGCUUCGGCACCGUCACCUCGCUCGGUUCCUCCGCCUUGAAAUCCUGGCUUGGGAAGAAGGUCAUCUUGACGCCCGGCCGGGGCUGGAAAGACGAUCCUGCGGGGCCCGAAGACAAGACGGGGUACAGGAUUCUGGGCGGGACGAAGACGUGCGAGCUGGGGACGCUGCAGGAGGUUGUUUGUGUCUCCGAGGAUGAGGUUGAGCUUGCGCCGGAGCAUUUGACGCCUGCGGAGGCGGCGGCGCUGCCACUGACGGGCUUGACGGGGUGGAGAGCGCUGGUGUCUAAGAGCGCGAAUUGGGAAGAGGGGAGGAAUAUCCUUGUCACUGGGAUUGGAGGUGGGGUGGCGUUGAACGUGCUGCAGUUUGCGGUUGCGAAGGGGUGUCGUGUUUGGGUUACGAGUGGGAGCCAGGAAAAGAUUGAUAAGGCGAAGAAGAUGGGUGCGAAGGGGGGAGUGAGUUAUAAGACGGAGGGAUGGGAGAAGGAAUUAAAGAAACAACUGCCGAAAGAUAGGCCGUAUCUCGAUGCGAUUAUAGAUGGAGCCGGAGGAAAUGUUGUGAGUAAGGCUGUGAGGUUGCUCAAGCCCGGUGGAGUCAUUGUCCAGUAUGGGAUGACUGUUGCGCCAAAGAUGGACUGGACGAUGCCUGCUGUUUUGAACAACCUUGAGCUGAAAGGCUCAACAAUGGGUUCGAGAAAGGAGUUCAAGGAUAUGGUUGCAUUUGUUAAUGAGAAGAAGAUCAGGCCGGUUGUAUCGAGGGUUGUGAAGGGAAUUGAUAAUAUUCGGGAGAUUGACGAGUUGUUUGAGGAGAUGAAGAAAGGGAGCCAAUUUGGGAAGUUGGUAGUUGAGAUUCAAGGGGAGGGGGCUUCGAGUAAGUUGUAA